AUGGUUAACGGCAAUUACGUCCUGUAUGGUGACAGACCGGCGUCGGAGUCAGAAAUUGUGAGUGACCAUGUUCAAACGAGGACCGCUGAACGGAAACCCAAGAGAAAGUCCCAUAGAACAGCCAGCGAAGUCCAGCAUAAUCUAAACCUCGAGGAAAUGGAUAAUCAGACUGACACGGUUAAAUACGAGAACAAAAUCAAAGAACCCAUGCUGCUGAGAUAUGUCGCAACAACUGAGGUGAGGAAAACUUUGUUACUGAGAGAUUCGAGACUUUAG